CGGGAGGCGGCUCCGUCCCUCCCCGCAGCGCCCCGGCACAGCACGGCACGACCGGGACGGGGGGGCGGGUAGAGGGUGCGCAAAGCCGCGGCGGCAGGAGGCGGCGGCGGGAGGGGGCUGCGAUGCGCCCGGCUGAGCGCCCCCCCGGAGCCGCCCCCGGGCGAGGGUAGCCCAAGUUCCUUGAGAGCGCACCAGCUAGCAGAUGCUUGUGGUAAACCAUGGCAGCUGACGAUAAGGUUGCCAUUCUAACUGAUGACGAGGAAGAACAGAAGAGGAAGUAUGUGCUUGCUGAUCCUUUCAAUGGCAUUUCCAAGGAUCAAGACUUGCCACCCCACAAUGAAUCCCCGUCGACAGAGACGACUGCUGUCCCAGAGGAAGAGCUUGACUGGUUGGAAAAGCACUGUGUCAAGAUAAACAAUGACCUUCUGAUCUCUAAGGUCUUUUAUUUUUUCUUCUAUUCUGCUUAUGGCUCUCUCUACCCCUUGCUGCCUGUGUAUUACAAGCAGCUGGGAAUGUCACCCAGUCAGAGCGGACUUCUGGUGGGCAUCAGGUACUUUAUUGAGUUUUGCAGUGCUCCCUUCUGGGGAGUGGUGGCAGAUCGCUUCAAGAAAGGGAAGAUAGUCCUCCUGUUCUCACUUUUAUGUUGGGUUUUAUUUAACCUGGGGAUUGGAUUUGUUAGACCAGCCACCUUAAGAUGUGUACCAAAGGGCUUUCCUCCAGCACAUCCCACCAACGCGAGCAGCCUUUUAACAGCAGCUCCACAAAAUGCCUCCAUGUCUUCCCCGCUGCCCACAGCCAGUACUGCACCCCCAAAAGUUCGUGGGAAGAGAGACCUGCCCACUUCCAGUCCAGCCACUGCUGAAACAACAGGGACACCUAAUCCUGAAAUAAUUUCCCUGGUACCUACACAGAGCAGUGAGUUGGAGUUUGUCUUGGAGAACAGCACUCAUGUGAUUUUGAAGAACACCACCCUUAGCCCGGUCUCCCCGGGGAACGUGACUCCAAGUAGCACCUCAGCUGCCAUCACCGCGAAGCCGAUGCCUUCUGACCAAGCCGUGCUGGUUUAUGACCAACAAGAAGUAGAAGCCAUCUUUCUACUCAUUCUGCUGGUUGUCAUCAUAGGAGAGUUUUUCAGUGCUUCCUCUGUUACUAUUGUGGACACUGUAACUCUGCAGUACCUUGGCAAGCACAGGGACCGGUAUGGAUUGCAGCGUAUGUGGGGCUCUCUGGGCUGGGGGCUGGCCAUGCUCUCUGUGGGGAUUGGCAUCGACUACACCCAUACAGAAGUUGCCAUUGAAGGUCAAGGAUGUAAAGCCCCUGAGUACAAGAACUACAGGAUAGUCUUCAUCGUUUUUGGUGUUCUGAUGACGAUGGCAUUGAUUGUGGCCACCCAGUUCCGAUUUCAUUACACACACUUCAAGCAAGAUGAAAACAAGAGGAAAGAGGUGGAAAUCUCACAGGCAGACAGAAGUGCCUCCAACGACUCCUCUGAUAACACUCCCACCAAUGUCAGCCAGUCCCAGUCUUUCAGUUUUUGGGACCUCAUAAAGCUGCUGUGUAGUAUCCAGUACGGCUCAGUGCUCUUUGUGGCAUGGUUCAUGGGGUUUGGAUAUGGCUUUGUGUUCACCUUUCUUUACUGGCACUUGGAAGACCUGAAUGGCACCACCACUCUUUUUGGAGUUUGUUCUGUGCUCAGUCAUGUCUCUGAGCUGACUGCCUACUUCUUCAGCCACAAACUGAUUGAAUUGGUUGGUCAUAUCAGAGUGCUGUACAUUGGCCUUGCCUGCAACACAGCUCGAUACAUUUACAUCUCCUACCUGGAAAACGCCUGGACUGUUCUCCCGAUGGAAGUGCUUCAAGGUGUCACACAUGCAGCUAUAUGGGCAGCUUGUAUCUCCUACCUUAGUGCAGCUGUGCCACCAGAGCUGAGGACAUCAGCCCAGGGAAUCCUCCAAGGGCUCCACCUGGGCCUGGGCAGAGGAUGUGGUGCUAUGGUUGGAGGGGUUCUGGUCAAUUACUUUGGCCCUGCUGCCACAUUCAGAGGAAUAGGGAUGGCUUGUUUAGUGAUCCUUCUGCUGUUUGCACUGAUCCAGUGGAUGCUGGUUCCUGAUGAAGAAGAAGAAAAGACCAUGCUGGCAGAAAGGAUCCCAGUGCCUUCCAGUCCUGUUCCCAUAGCAACUAUUGACCUUGUGCAGCAGCAAGCAGAAGACAUCAUGCCUCGAACUGAGCCCAGGCUCCCUCUAAAGAAAACGAAACACCAGGAGGAGCAAGAGGAUGUGAACAAGCCUGCCUGGGGCAUCAGCUCUUCUCCUUGGGUCACCUUAGCUUAUGCUGUCUACCAGAUAAAAGAGAUGGUUAGACUGUCCAAAACCAACCCAACGCCUGAGAAUCAGCCUUUGCAGAAACCCAGUGAGAGCUGCGGCGCUUCAUCAGCCAGCCCGGCAGGACAGCCCCCAGGUCCGACGGAUUCUGGGCAGUCCAGAACCCGUUCAGCACCAACACCUCCAGCAACAUCCGACCCCCCGGCGGAUGGCGACCGCGUUGCGUCGGAUCGUGCCGCCCAGCCCGCUGCCGCGCGGCUCUGAGGGGCCCUCACCUCACCAAAUCCCCUGCAUGGAAUUCCGCUUCUCACCUGGGAAAACGCUGGAGUAGGAGCUCAAAAGUAGGACUUCCUUCAUCUUAACGAUCAUAAUGUGAUGCAGUGCAAGCUUUUAACUAUAUAAAGAAUAUUCAUAUGACUACACAGAGCAGCGUGAGCAGGGAAGCCGAAAGUCUGGAGUGCUAGAGGGAAGUGCUGUGGCCUGGGUCUGAUGGCAGGAGGAAUUCUUGGCUGCUUUGCCGAAGCUGAGUCAAGCACGAUGAGAUUCCUUUGCAGCCUGUGAAAGAAGAGGAGUUCACUCCUCCUUUGUCGGGGCACAG